UUUGUACAGAUAAUACAUGUUCGGGUACAUUGCACAACUCGUAUGAAGCCUGGAUACGUUGUUUAACCAACCUGGGAUGGGAAUAAGGAAAUUGAUUUAUAGAUAAACUUUGGCCGUCGUAGGCUGGUGGAUAUGUUGCUCUCUCGAGCGCAGGAAUAUGGUGUGCCGUGUUUGUGCGUGCUUGCGCACGAUUUUCCAAAUAGCAGAUUAUUCGAGUGAAAGAUACUUUUUAAUUUUUCAGUAUCGUAAGAGCGCUGAGUAACAUUUGCACUUACUGAUACUGACUUUUUUCGUUGCCGUCUAUCUUCAAAUUUCCUCAAGAUUUGCCGGUAGUAUCUGCAGUAACCUGGCAUGUAAAAUUUCCGGUGUCCUCAUGAUCGAACUUUUUUUUCCUACUCAGUGCGUUCUAAUGAAUUUUUUAGCACCGCAAUUUAUCACGAACGUUUCCAUAAGGAUGAUAUAUGCAAUGAAGCGCACUGGAUUGUGAUGUGACCAUUUAUUAACCGCUAACCUGUACGGGUAGGCUAUCUAGGGUGCUUGACAUUGAUACUCGUUUCCUUUUUCUUUUUUGUUCAAGACAAAGGACAAACGUCGUAGAUCACAAGAUGAAGAUAAUACAUAACACUGUAAAUAUGCCAUCUGUAAUCCUCGUGUUUUUCAUCGAGCUUGUUUCACUGAUAUGGUGUGUACCUUUGAACGUUUCAAAACUAAAUUGCUUUAAUGACUAUGUCACAACAAUGGUUUGCGACUUCACCUCCGACAAGUUCCUCAACUGCAGUGGAUAUAGCUUAGACUUUCAAUCACCAAAUAUGGACUCUUACAAAUGCAGUUUAAUAAACUCUGAAGAAGAUGUAAAUUAUUAUCGGUCCAAAUGUGGAUGCACAGUUGAAUUGCCGGAGUUUGUUAACGCUGAGGAAUACAGAGUGAAUCUGACGGAAGGAGGGAAAGUCAUAAAUUCAACAAUUAUCACUGCGGUAGACAACAUCAAGCCCAAAGCCCCUGAUAUAUUAUUGGUGAUGCCAAUGGAAAAUGGAAACUACAAAGUGACAUGGAACACAAAUUACCCUGACUAUAAUGGCCUUUCUGACAACUUAGAGAUUGAGCUGAGCUACAAAAAGAAAGGAGAACCAGACAAGGCUGCAAGGAACGUAAGUGCCUCUCUGCCUUUUCAUGAAAUACUAGGCAGCGAUUUAGAGCCAAGCAGCAAAUACGUUGUGAAGGCGAGAUCGCACUCCACCCAUUACAACACCCAGUUCAGCGACUGGAGCCGGGAAGUGGAGUGGACCAGCCCUGCCCCUGUUGGGAGCGUGUUGAAAGCCGUCAUCCCCGUCCUUUGUGUACUGCUCGUCAUCAACAUCUGCGCUCUCUAUUGGUGCCUCACUCGACUCAAGGCUAAGUGGUGGGAUAAAAUUCCUGCUCCGAAGAAUGACAUAAAAAACACGCUUCCGCGAAAUUUCGAGAAUUUUAUCCCGAAAGAUUACGAUCUACCCGCCUACCACACUGACCUUCUGACCAUUGAUGAAACCGAGGAAAAGCCAAGGCCUACUCCAAGCACAUCGGAAAGCGAGCAAGAUAGCCUGUAUAAGAAUGUCUCCAGCCACGUGUUGGCGAAGGACAGCGGCGUCUUCUCGUCCGACGGCGGGUUGAGCGAUUCUGCGGGUUCUUGCAGUUCCUCUGAAUCAGGGUACAAAAACGUCCUUUACUCCAGGCUGUCGGCAACCUCUACGCAAAACGGCGGUUCUCCAGAGCUGCCAGGUAGCGGGACCCCCUUCUUCCCGGCUCCACCCACGCCGGGCUGUGACAUUUUCCCCAUCUACAGCGAAGUUGAGGUUCUGAAGGCACCCAGUCCAGACUUCCAGAAGACCCGGCAAACCCCUGAUUCGUCGAGAAAAGCUUCCGGAAUGACCACGGACUGUAAGUAUUGUGCGGCCAGCACGCCUCCAGGGGAGGAAUCCUUCAGCCCGCACAUCCUGGGCACCAUGCUGCUUCUGGAAGCCUGUGGAAACAUCACCAGAGCUGAUGAUGGAUACGAAAGCUUUGCCAAGGCGGUCAGCAGAGAUGCUCUGGGAAAGGCUAAUUUCCCAGCGUGCACACUGGAACCCUGUGAAGAUGGCUACCAGGAUCUUCAGACCAUUUUAGAAAACAGAACUGACUGGCACUCUGAAGCAGGCAAAGCAGAUAGGGAGGCCUCUUCAGCGGAGGGUCCAGAGAAGAGUUCUGGGCAGGAACGGGAGCUCUCGCAAUGCCCUAAAUGGGAUAUUUUGGAGUCCAUCACCUCAUGUGCCUCCCCGUUCAUGCAAAAAAGCAGCAUGGAAAGCUCCGCUAAUCCUGCUUUGACUACAUGUCCCAUUAUUCAAAUUUACACAGACAGUUCCUACCAUAGAGUGUAGCAGUGUGCAAGAUGUCCUUUACAGCCAAUGCAUACUGAACUCUCUGAUUAUCUGGUAUCAUCAGGACUGUAAAAUAUAAACGUGCUUCUGUGAUGAGGACUCACCAACUCAACUAAGGGACUGAUAAGAGUGUGGUUAUUUUUAUGCUAUAUGUGUACAGUACACGCGUUGGAGUCUUGGUAAUCCACCAAUCCAACUUUGGUAGCCAUGUUUAAAUGUGGUACAUAUGUUUUUUGUUUUUUUUUUUCAAACAUUGAGACUGAGAGUUUCCCUUCAUAAUACUGGGGCAAUCAUAUUCUUAAUCAAGGUGAAAAUUCUAAUGAAAAUAUGUUAGAAUUAUAGUGAAGUUUAUUAAUUGUGGCACGGCUAAUGUUUAUUUUCCUCAGUUGACAGCGAUAAAAAGCACGAUUGACUGCUAAGAACAAAAACAUAAAUAGUUCAAAAAGAAAACAUCUCAAAAACUUAAAUAGACUGGAUCAGUGUCAUUUAGUUUCAUUUUCUUUUUAGAAGGCAUGUAAAUUGGGAAUUGGGGGAAAACAACUUUUAGUUUUAAAAUUGCUACUUUUAAUCAGUUUUACAUUAUAUUGCAUCGCAGUUAAAUGUAAUUUAUAUUAUGCUGCUUUGCAGUAAGACAAGCCUAAAAACAAACCCCAUUUUCUGCUUUUUAAAUAAAAUGUAAAUAAAACAUUUCAAGCUAACAUUUCUGGAGAUAAUGUUGCAAUUAGCAGAAAAUGAAUCAGUGCCAUGGGUACUUAAUGACAUUAAUUCAGUACUUAGUUUUGUAAAUAGGUUUGUAAAUAUGUAGGAAGUUUCAGAAUAACAGUAGAAUAAUAAAUGCAUGUAAGUUAUUUGUUAUAUCACUCCUGGUUUGUUUCCUGUAGCCACCCAUCGGCAGUUAUGGCAGCGUAACAAGCACACAGGCCUGUUGGGUGAGGUGACUUAAGAAAACAAGUCCAGGUGGCUCAUGUUACUGGUAUUGGCAUGUCUGAAGCUUGACUUCCGCAUACCAGGAGUCACGCUAUUGCCCCUUUGCAUGUACAUAUAUACAUCUUGUUGCUGUUACUACCAUUUAUGUCAUGAUGUGUCACAUUAAGCCUUGGACAUCUCUGAGAGGAUCUGGCGAAUAAUAAGAUAAAUGUAUCUUCUGUGAAAGUAUGAUGAUCAUUUCAGUAGCCCUGUGAUAGCAGAUACAACCGUUUUCAGAUGCAGAAGGCUGAAGUAGAUUGGAGAUUCAUUUGUUUUGCAAUUUCCGUCUUAGGUUCAGUGGUCAGGGGUCAUUAGUAAAUAAUGUGGGAACUGUUUUCACGUGUCUACUGUUAGCACUUUAGCUUGCAUUAGAUGUUAGAAUUGAUCAUUUUUACAAUGUUGUUUUUUUUUCAUGCACUACAAAACUGAAUUAUUCUCCAUCAUGACUUGUGACUUGCAGCUGGCUAAUUCUUGCACAUUUGCAAUAAUGUUGAUUGAUGUGCAUUGUUCUUGUAAAAAAAUGAAAUAAAGAUUUAAUUUAACAUA